UCUCAGCAGCACUGCGUGUUGUCCUGGAAGAUUUGUGAGCAGCAUGCUUAAUUGGUUGGAUAAGAAUCGGUUCAUUGUUUCUCUCGAUUUGGCAUUGGAGUCGUAUCGACGAAUUUCACUUUCUGAUUUCGGAGAAUUGCAGUCUUGGACUAAGCUGUUGUGUGUACCUGAUUUGAUAUAUUAUCCUGAAUUCCUUGGAUUCGAUUUCAAUGUUCCGCGUGCUACGAGGGCGAUUUGUAUUUCCGACGAAGAUGAUGAGAUACUAUUGGAGCUGUGGUUGGACAUGGAGCAGAAGUUUGUUGUCUACAUCGAGAAAUUCGGCGGCCGCGUAGCUUCGGAGGUAUAUGUUGAGAGUUUGAUAUUGCCUUGUUUAUUAUGAUGCAUUUUGUUGUUACUUGCUGCCAAGGUUUUUUGAAGAAUCUGCACAUUUUUGCUUGUAGGUUUGUGAGAAUUACUGAAAGCAACGUCACUGGUAUGCUUGUUUGAUUUAGCCUUGAAGAAAUUAUAUUACUUUGUCAUGGUUAUUAACUUAUACUCUAUUAUUAUAUGGAGUAUCCCAUAGAGUCCAAAAUCUGUUAACCAAUUCUGUUAAUGUGAGUAUAUAGAUAGAUAGGCUCCCUUAUGACUUAGCUUUUGUAUUCAUCUUCAAUUGAUCUAUGAAAUCAUAGAUGAUAUUCAGUCAUUACAAUAUGUUUAAUUUCUAAUGUAUUUUUGAUAAUGUAACAAUAUGUUUUACAACUUUAAACCUUAGUUU